CCAGUCCGCGCUGCAACCCGGGCUCCCGAGCCGAGUGGCGCCGCGCAGGGCCGAGUGGAGCCGAGCAGCCGCCGCGUCGCGUCGCCGGUUUAAGCGCAGUGCGGGGCCUUGGCCGGGGGCGGCGGUAGUGAGGCCAGAGCCGCGCUCCAGCCCCCUUUUCCCUCCAUGGUUUCUCUCCGCUCCCGCGAGUAACUUGGCUCCGGGGGCUCCGCUCGCCCGCUCGCCCGCACGCCGCCCGGGGACCACGCCGCCGCCUCCUCCAGCCGCCUCCCUCCGACGGCCCUCGCCGCGCAGGCCGGGUCGCCUCUCCCCCCUCCGCCCCCGCCGCGGAAAGUUAAGUUUGGAGAGGGGGGACGAGGGGAACAUGGAUAUGAAGAGGAGGAUCCACCUGGAGCUGAGGAACCGGACCCCGGCAGCCGUUCGAGAACUUGUCUUGGACAAUUGCAAAGCAAUGGAUGGAAAAAUUGAGGGGUUAACAGAUGAAUUUGUGAACUUAGAGUUCCUCAGUUUAAUAAGUGUAGGCUUGUUUUCAGUUUCAGACCUCCCGAAGCUACCUAAAUUGAAAAAGCUUGAGCUCAGUGAAAAUAGAAUCUUCGGAGGUCUGGACAGACUAGCAGAAGAACUUCCAAGCCUCACACAUCUGAACCUAAGUGGCAAUAACCUGAAAGAUAUCAGCACCUUGGAGCCGUUGAAAAGGUUGGAUUGUCUGAAAAGCCUGGAUCUGUUUGGCUGUGAGGUCACUAACCGGAGUGAUUACCGAGAAACUGUCUUCAGGCUCCUGCCCCAGCUGUCCUAUCUGGAUGGCUAUGACCGAGAGGACCAGGAAGCGCCUGACUCAGAUGUGGAGGUGGAUAGUGUAGAGGAAGCCCCUGACUCAGAUGGAGAGGUGGAUGGUGUGGACAAAGAGGAAGAAGAUGAAGAAGGAGAGGAUGAAGAGGAAGAGGAAGAUGAGGAUGGUGAGGAAGAAGAAGAUGAAGACGAAGAGGAUGAAGAUGAAGAUGAGGAUGUAGAAGGAGAAGAUGAUGAAGAUGAAGUCAGUGGGGAGGAGGAAGAAUUUGGACACGAUGGGGAAGUUGAUGAAGAUGAAGAAGAUGAGGAUGAAGAUGAGGAUGAAGAGGAGGAAGAAAGUGGGAAGGGUGAAAAGAGAAAGAGAGAAACAGAUGACGAAGGAGAAGAUGAUUAAGACCCGAAACAACCUGCAAGAAACAGAACUGUUGAGUAUUGGUUGGACUGCUCAUGGAUUUGGUAGCUGUUUUAAAAAAGGUAGCUGUGAUACAAGCCCCAGGACACCCCCACCCAAAGAGCCAAAGAAUAGUUCCCGCGACAUUCCGCCUUCCUCCGUUAGCCCCUUGGUAAUCCACCACCAAGCCUGGGGACUUCGCCCCAACAAAAUUGUAAACGUUGUUAGGUUUUCGUGUAAGACUCUUGCUGUAUCGUGACAGCUGUGAUUGGUGAGUUGACCGUCCUGGCUGCCAGUUACACUGCGAUUGUAACAACAUUUUUACUUUCUGUACAACAAGGAAAAGCUUUGUAAAUAAAAUCUUAACAUUUUGGGUCUGUUUUCUCAUGCUUUUCUUUUUUUUUUUCUUUCUUUUUUAAAAGAUAUUAGGACACUUUGUGUGAUAACUGCCAAAACCGUAUUUUCUAAGACUAAGCAAAAUAAAUGCAUUACUCUUUGGUAAA